CUCCUCCCAUUCCCAGUAAAGGGCGAGUUCUACCAGCACACCCAGUCCAUCCUGCUGAAUGUAUGCACGCAGGCAGAGAUUCAUCCUCUGAUGCUGCAUUUACCUCCAGCAUGUCUUCUCCAGACGCGUCCUCCAGGACUGAUACGCCAACUGUUCUGGACAUUCUCCAGCACUUUCUGGAUGAUUUGGGAAGAGAAGAUUUAAAGAGAUUUCGGGGUAAACUGUCAGAUUUUAGAUAUAAAGAUAAAAGACCCCUAGAACGAGGGCUCCUGGAAGGUGCAGACCCUGUUGAUAUCUCAUGGCGUCUCGUGCAUUAUUAUGGAGAGAGGAACGCUCUGGAUGUGACGAGUCAAGUCUUACAGUCAAUUGGUCUGAUGGGACUUGUAGAAAAACUCCAGGAGACACUAAAAUCAUGCUCAUUCGGCCUGAAACCAUCGGAAGAAGUUAAUGAGUGUAGAAGAAAUUACCUGGAUCUUGUAAAGAAGCAGCACCAAAGGAUUCAAUAUAAAAAUGGCCGAAUGGGAGAGAACGUCAAAAUGGAGACGAUCUACACCAAUCUGCUACUAAUAAAAACGCAGCGUGACGAAGAAGAGAGAAAACAGGAAAUAAGAGGUUUGGGUAGAGAACAUCUUGAGAUGAUGGAGCAGAGAUGUUCGGAGGAUUAUUCCCCAACCACUGUUGACAAGCUGUUUGACCCUGAGGAAGAUGGGUUUACACCGAAAACUGUGGUGUUACAGGGACCUGCGGGGAUCGGAAAAACUAUGACAGCCCAGAAGAUCAUGCUGGACUGGGCCUCGGGAAAACUGUAUGAGGAGCGGUUUAAUUAUGUGUUUUAUCUGAGUUGCAGGGAGAUAAACCGAAUGACUGGAGAAACGAGCAUUGCUGAUUUUAUAUCCAAGAUGUGUCGGCUAAAAUGCUCACAGAGUGCGAUGGAGUCAAUUUUACGAGAUCCUGAGAAAAUCCUUUUCCUUAUUGAUGGGUUAGAUGAAUUGGAUCAGUCAUUUAUGGGUCUCAGUGAGGACUGUAGCCAUCCUUUUCAGGUGGUCCCCAAAGAGGUCAUCUUAAGCAGCUUGAUAAGAAAACAGGUUCUUGAGACGUCUUCACUGAUCAUUACAACAAGACCUUUCGCGCUGGAGAAGUUAAACGAGUAUAUCGAGUGUCCUCGUUAUGUAGAAAUUCUGGGAUUCACGGGGCAAGAACGUGAAAACUAUUUCUUCAACUUCUUUGAGAAGAAAGACGAAGCUGAGGCAGCUCUCAAUGCGAUAAAAGAGAAUGCGGUGCUCUAUACUAUGUGUGCCGUCCCUAUUAUAUCCUGGAUUGUAUGUACUGUACUCAAACAGGAGAUAAAAAAGACUUUUAAUGUGACUCGUUAUAAAACAUCCACGUCUGUUUACACGCUUUACUGGAAAGGUUUGUUAAAAUAUCACAGCAGAACUUCCAAUGUGCCCAUAAAGUCCUACAUGAAGAUGCUGAGCGAUUUGGCCAAGAAAGGAGUCUGGAGCCGUAAGAUCAUAUUUGAGAAAGGAGAUUUGGAAGAGUACGGAUGUGAUUUGUCAGAAGAAGAAUCUCUCUUCCUGAACGAGAACGUGUUUCAGAGGGACAUUGAAACUCAGACAUGUUACAGCUUCAUCCACCUGAGUGUACAGGAGUUCUUCGCAGCUCUCUAUUAUGCCCUGGAUGGAGGAACUAAUCCGAACCGGCAUAAGAAGGAGGUCAUGAGACUACUGGAGAAGUCUGAGAAAAACCUGCCUUUAAAGUCAUCCGUACAAUUCUUGUUUGGCCUCUGCUGGGAAAACCAAAUAAAUGAAAUUUCAAAAAGCGUUGGGUGCAAAAUGUCAUCGAGACUUCAAUCGAUGCUGGAAGAAUGGAUGAAGAAAAGGAUAUCCACAGCCUCGGAUAGUAACGAAAUCCUGUACUAUUUGUACGAGACUCAGGAUAGGAACUUCGUGAAGAGAAUGAUGUCUCAUUUGAUCCACUUGAAGAUCAACUACAGAUAUUUUCCUUUUUUCAGAAAUGACGAAGACUAUAGAGAAACCCUCAUUAUCAGAUCUCUGCUCUACUGCUUGGUAAAUAGUAGUACGCUUCACACAGUUCAUUUCAGAGGCUGUAAACUGACGCUUGAGGCAGUGAGCAUGUUGUCUCCGGGACUUUGCAAAUGUUCGGAAAUCACGUUGUCACGUUGUAAUUUGACGUCAUCCUGCUGCGACGUUUUCCGAGACGUUUUUAUCAAGAACCAAUCUUUACGAAAACUCGAUCUGUCGGCUAAUGAGCUGGAUCGUUCAGGGGUACAGCUUCUGUGCGAGGGUCUCCGGCACCCAGGCUGUACCGUGCGGGAGAUGGGGCUGCAUGGUUUCGAUCUGAUCUCAUCCUGUUGCGAGGACCUACGAGAUGUUAUCAUCACAAAUCGGUCGCUGACCAAACUGGAUCUAAGAGUGAAUCAACUGAAGGACGCGGGAGUCAAAGUUCUGUGCGAGGGUCUCCGGCAUCCAUACUGUACCCUACGGGAACUGGGGUUGCAGUACUGUGAUCUGACCUCAUCUUGCUGCGAGGAUCUGCGAGAUGCCAUCAUCGCAAACCGAUCCCUGACCACAUUGGACCUGUCGGGGAAUGAGUUGCAGGACUCUGGAGCUAAACGUCUGUGCGAGGGUCUGCGGCACCCAGACUGUACCCUGCAGGAGCUGCGGUUGGAGCACUGUUAUUUGUCAUCCUUCUGCUGCGAGGAUCUCCGAGACGUUAUCGUCACAAACCGUUCUCUGACCAAACUGGAUGUGUCGGAGAAUGACCUGAAGGACUGGGCGGUUAAACUUCUCCAUGAGGGUCUCCAGCACCCAGACUGUACGCUGCAGGAGCUGUGGUUUGAACAGGUGGAUUUGAUUGUAUUCUCCCGUGCGGAUCUCCAAACAGAGCUAUAACAAACCAGAAACGAGCUUUGCAUCAUCUGUGAAAAAAAUGCUCCUUGAUAUGUCUCCAACUGAGGAGGUUGGCACCGUUGGCCAAGGCCAAUGCUACUAUGAGACUAACUCCACAGGGUUACUCUUAGUCCUUUGCAACUUAUCGGAAAGCAAACUUUGGCGAUGAUGAUGACUUCCUCGAGACUGCACCCCAAAUGUACAAAGGUCUAACACCAAAGCACCAGCAUUCCGUUACGUUCAUUUACUAUUCCUCUACUGAGAUGACAUGUGGCCUUAUCUGACCUUCUUCCCAAGACCAAUUACCUUCAUGAAUGUGCCAUAAUUCCAUACCAUUUUUUCAUGAUAAUAAUAAUAAUAAAAAAUAAUAAGUUAUCUAUUAUUCAUAUAGCGCCAACAAUUUACGCAGCACUUCAUACAAUACAUAUAUUUAAGGGGUCUGACAAGACGAGAAUUGACAGACAAACUGAUAAAUCAGGAAGAGAGGCUCAGCUCUCUAGCUUACAAUCUUGAGGGAACGGGGUGAGGACAGAUGUAAGGCAUAGAGAAAGGAUGAAAGGUAGUGUGGGGGGUAUCAGUGACAUGGAUGUUAUGGUGCGGUUUUGAGAUGCUGGGAGAGAGGAUGAACGCUGAAGGUUCGGGGGAAGUCGGUUCCAGAGAUAUUGGGUAGCUUGAGUGAAAUCUUAUAGAUGGGAAAAGGAAGAGGAGAUAAAUGAGGAGGAGAGCCUCAGCCCAUGGGAAGAACGUAAGGAUCCAGUAGGAGAGUAUUUGGGAGGGGGCAGUAUUAUGGUGGAGCAGUGUUAUGGAGUUCCUUAUAUGUUAGUACUAGGAUUUUAAAUUUAAUUCUAAAGGUAAUAGGGAUCCAGUGGAGGAUCACAGAGGGGGGAAGCAGAAGAGGAGCGGCGUGCGAAGAAGAUAAGCCUAGCAGCAGCAUUUAAGACAUUUAGGAGAGAGUCAAGAUGGUGGAGUGCCAACCAGAAGAGUUUUGCAGUAGUCAACAUGAGAAUCAAGCAUUGUUUUUGUGGAUUAUUGGGGGAGAUCGACGUCUUUGAGUUGUCCACCUCAAGGUGUAACGAUUUAAACCAACCCCCAUACACCCUCAAUGCUCCGUCUUUCUGUUGCGUCCGGUUUGAACACUGAGCAUAUGGGAUUAUUUGCCUUACGUAGGGCUGCAGAGAAUUUUAAACCCCAUUUAAAUGUUUUCCUUUUUUGUACAUUCCCCAAAAGGAGUAAAUUCCCUUCUGUAUUAGCCCUUUACCAUGUUUGCCUCAUCAGAUCCCUGCUUUGCUCGCCCUAGCCUGAUUGGGUCCUAGCCAUGAUUUCCCUGAAACUGUUUAGCGGCUAAGGAUGGUUACCAAGAGGGAACUCACUGGGGAACUCACCAGUUUCUGUCACCAUCUUCCGACGGGUUCAGCAGCCGCGACUAUGGAUCCUCUGCCCAGCUGCAUCACAGACUGUCCUGGGGAAAUUUCAACUCUUGCCACCCAGGAUCCCCUUUUUGGACUGGACCAGCAACACCCCGGGAUUGCAGCCGCUCCCUCUGGAUGACCCCAAAAACAGCGCCUUGGGGGGUCAUGCGGACCUUUCUGUACUUGGAGGCCAGAUUGUGGCGCGGGGCUGUUUGGGCAGGGUGGUGGUGUGAUCAUGUGGGUACGCUCCUUAAAAGGCUGUGUGUUUUUGCAAUAAAGUGUUUUCCCCUCA